AUGCCACGUGCGGCCCCUCCCCCCCAACCAAGGUCUCUUUAUGAAUGCAUCUCCAAGGGAGUGUUCAGUCUCAAGGAGGCUGCACAGCUUGUUUUACGUCAAAAAGAACGGAACGAGUUCAACCAGGGCGCCUAUGAGGAAUUCAUCAAUUCCGAAACGACUUUCCGCGUUAUUUCUUACUGUUCUGACGGUCUAAGCGGAUUAACUGGAAGCUCAUUAGAAUUAAGGUUGAUCGCGUCACAGCUCCAGGGCGAUAUGCUCGCGGCGAAGGUAGAGAAAUUGACAAGGCAGCUAGAAUUGUGUGGGCGAGGCGAUCAACCACCGAAGUUGUUGGCAAUGACACUCAGGAACUGCACCAAAGAAUGGACAUUAGAUGCGCCUUCACCCUUCGCCAAAGUAGGGGCUUGCUAUUUUGCCACGGACUUGAUCGGAUAUGGGGGCGAGGAUGCGAGAUCGGGGGAACGGUUAUCGGAGAAGCUUUUCUUUCAAUCCGAACUAUUCAAAGCUUUGCAAAUUGCAUUACGCGACGUUAGAAACUGCCGAUACGACUACGAAGAAGAGAAGUUCAUACCCAGCAGUAGAAAAUGCAAACGAGCACACGUGUCCGAUGCCUCUGAGGGAGAAGAGCAAGGCGAAAACGGUUUUCAAGCAGCGUCAGUCAUCAAGUGAUGUUUCUUCAUUUUGUCGGCAGCGUCAGUCAUGUACCAAUUGCAUUCUUCUCUUGUAGUGUAUUUGUACAAGCUUUUUGUGUUUUUUUUGAUGUAAUCACGUCAUGUCUAUGUUUUCCUUUUUUCUGUACAAUUCAGGUACGAAUUGUGUCUGUUUUUCUUCAGUGGUAUGUACUCUCUUUUUAGUUUUGUUGUUGUUUGUUUGAGUUUCUAAAUAGCUUGGCGCUGUGCCAUGCUUUGUUCUUAUUAUGUGCUUUCAUUCCAAUACCGGUUCUAAUCGCAUUGCAGGAUCUGCUUGGCGAUGAUUCUCUUUGUUUCUUCAGUGACAUUUCAUCUCAGGGUCGAGUCUCUUCCUCAUUCUGUUCCUUAUUUGUUAGGAUGGCUUCUUUUGCCAGAUAUAACCAAUGCAAUUUGCAAUUGCAGUGCAAUUUUUUGUCUUCAAAGC